AGAACGAAAAACUCGGGUUAUUCUAUGAUAAAUCACACUGUGGAACUUCUUAUUUCGAUUCUAACACGACAUCCUAGUAUCAACAGUGUUAGAAAAAAGUGGUAACUACUUUUUACCACCGCGCUACACACCUGGAUCGGAUGACGUCAUUGCACGCGAGUGGUAUAUUGUAGAAUAACCCGAGAUAGAUUUUGCUCUACAUGUAUGUAGGUUAUUUUCUGGUCGUGUUAGAAUUACAAUUAAUUCUUUUUGGCAAAUCGGCUAGCUGUCCUAAUGACAAUGCAAUAUCAUAAUCUAAUGUAUGAUUUUACUUAUAUUUUAAGACAUUGAAAAUUUUAAUAUUGCUAUUCUCGAAGGCAGACAGGCAUAUCUAUAUGAAGUGAUUCUAUACAUGCACGCUGGUACCAAACGGCAAUUCAGCACUAUUGUAUUUGAAAUUAUCUAAAAAGUAGAAAAAAGUGCCAAGAAGAUAUUGACGAAAGUAAUGAUGAUUGUAAAUAACACGAUACUGCUACAACGCUCAUAUAGAAAUAGAACCAUAAGUGCAUAUGUUUGUCGGAGAUAUUUUUAAAACAGAGAUCUGGACCUUAGAUUGAUGAAAUGAUGAUGAUUGUAAAAUAUAUUUUUAUAGCUUUAGUUAAAUUUAUUAUGUUUCAAAACUGAAAAUAGCAAUUCGUUAUUCAUAGAUCUCUAUUAAACCCGGUUAUCUAUACAGACACGUGUUACGUUUUACGAAGUGUCCGUCCAACAGCAAGACAGAGUCUCUAAAGCUCAUAUAGCAUAUUAUCCUCAGCAUAGCACGAUACUGAUGCUUGGUAAUAUCAAAUACAUCAUAGAAACCCCGUGGCUAAGUGACAUCAAGCCACUUGCCUUUCAUCGAUAUGGGUACGAGCCUCACUCGAGGCGUUGGAAAGGUCAUGUGAGGAAGUAAUCCAGCUGGUUUACAGAAGGUCGAUGGUUCCACCCAUGUGUUCGCCCGUGAUGAAAUAAUGUACGGAAAGGCACCUGGGGUGCUCUCCCCACCAUCAAAGAUAGAAAGUCUCCAUGUGACCUAUAACUGUGUCGGUGCGACAUUAAACUCAACAAAAGAAAACAAAACAAGUAGACCAUUUAUACCUUAUAAAUUUUCAAACAUUUUUAACCCUUUCCUUCCUGAAUUUUUUAAUGAAUUUGUCCAUCUUUCAUUUUGGACCAUACCAUUAACUGUUAAAAGGGGGUGCAUACCAAAAAUUUACUGAUUUAAUGGCGAACAGUGCUGAUCAUGAUCUACACUGAUCGCAAAGACAGACUAAAUUGUGUUCAGCAUAAGGGUUAAUUUGUUUCAAGUAUACAUAUCUAUGAAUAUCAAUUCUAAAUCGGUAAUCUUUACAUAUAUCUGACGACUAUAUUAGUAAUUUCUAGCGUAUAUUUCGGGAAACACUUAAUGUAAACAUUUGAAAUUGAAAUAAAACGUUCCAAUCUAUCUAAACAAGCUAUAGUGUUAACUAAACUCAGUGUGUGGAGCUUUUCCAUUCAUAAAUCCUAUAUGACUAAAUUUAAAACGGACAUACCGGUUUCCCGUUUUAUACGACCCACCUAACUGCUCGAUUUAAAGUUAAUGGGUACAUCAUCAAUACAUAAUAUUUGUUAAACGAACAACAUCAGUAUCAAAAAUCUGCUGGCCCAUUAUAUGUUCUACCGAGCUCUUUCGUGUGAUGGAUACUUUAAAUAUUUUCUUAAAAAAUUGCCCCUUUUAAAAAAUGAGUGUUUUUUGUAACGAAAUAAAAAUGAACAAUGACUGAAAACUAUGGUCCACAUAGUUAUGUGAAAUUGUAGCACUGAGUUUUUAACGACAUUGAUCUGUCCGAAAGUGUGGCCCGUCAAUGCAGCUUUUUUUAGAAUAUUUGGUAAAUAUUAGUAAAGUGACACUAGUUUUGUAUAGAAAUAUAUAUGUUUGAUAUGCAGGUCAAUUUUCAUGUGAAACGCCGACUCAGUAGCCUAAGGGCAUACACGGACAUGUGUUUAUUUUCUUCAUUUUUCUUCCUUUUACUUUUCUUAUAUUUUCAGGAUAGGAAAAAGCUAUCCCAAGCCCUUUUCUUUCAAAGGGUUUACACACUAGUAAUAGUUCCCUUUCAUAUAAAGUUUUUAAUGAGUAAAUUUUAACUACAGUACGCCACCCACGAUAUUCUCUAUUGCAGUGUAGCCGCCAGAAAAGGAAAAACGAAAAAAAGAAUAGUUUAUGUCUUCUUCUGCAAAAUUUAUGCUCUGCUCUUUACAAAGUCCUAUAAAACGUGUUGCAUAGAAACAAACGCCAUCACAGAAUGUUGACAUUUAAACAAACACAUGAAAAGCCCAUAAGGACUCUGAUUUCCAAUUACUGUCACAGGGCUGGAAAUUUCAUUAGUUUCUUGCUGCGAAUCAGAAAUGCCAAAGCGCUGAGAAUGACAGCAGUUGUGGGCAGUACUAAAGUCGAUGUUGAGGAAUUUGGAAGGGAUAUUAUAGUUCCCGAUGACCCCAAGGCAAGGCUUAUGUACUAUGUGGACAGUAUAUACAACGUUUUGGAUAUGACUUCUAUACCGAACAUACACAAACUCAGGAAGUACAAACAACAUACACAGCUUACUGAUAGCGAGACAAAGGAGUUAAUAGAGAUGUGUAAGAUUUUGUCACCUGCUGCUCUCAAUAACAAAGUCAUUUUUCAGGACGACUCGUUGUGUGGCCACAAUGACAACAAGUUCUUCAAGAUCAACACGUUACAGCAUAAUCUGGUUGUGUCAGAGGCCAUCAUUGUUGGUGGCAAGAGAUGUUCAGUUAAGAAGCUGAUGGCGUAUAAAGUACCAUGGAUACAAUGGAUUUAUGAAGGACCAAUGGAACAUUUCACACAAUCGCUGAGAAUGACAGCAGUUGUGAGCAGUACUAAAGUCGAUGCUGAGGAAUUUGGAAGGGAUAUUAUAGUUCCCGAAGACCCAAAGGCAAGGCUCAUGUACUAUGUGGACAGUAUAUACAGCGUUCUGGAUAUGACCUCUAUACGGAACAUUCAGAAACUCAGGAAGUACAAGCAACACGCCCAGCUGACUAACAGCGAGACAAAAGAGUUAAUCGAGCUGUGUAAGAUAUUGUCACCUACUAGACUCAAAGACAAGGUCAUCUUUCAGGACGACUCUUUAUGUGGCAAUGACGACAACAAGUUCUUCAAGAUGAACACUGUACGGCAACACUUGGUUGUAUCAGAGGCCAUUAUUGUUGGUGGCAAGAGGUGUUCUGUUAAGAAGCUGAUGGCGUAUAAAGUGCCAUGGAUGCAAUGGAUUUAUGAAGGACCAAUGGAACAUUUCAAACAGCUCCAGACAAACUAAGCAUCGAACUGUACUAUCAUGUAAAUUGUAUGGCGUUCUUUUUGAGACUUUGCACAAUAUGGCCUUUGUAUUUUCUCAAGAUAUAAUCAUGGACUUUUAAACUGUGUAAAAAAUACAGCUAAUAGCUUUGUAUCGAAAUUUAUGCACGAGUUCUGCAGCACAAGUACUCGACGACCUCACGAGCACAAUUACAUUAUUCCUCUAAAGAACAAGCAUAUAAUUCAUUACAAAGCUGAUAAUCUUUUAUAUUACAUACGAUCAUACUCAAAUUGAUAUCAUAUAAAUAUAUUGAAUUUGUUUAAUAGAUUGAACAAAAUUGAAGACAAUGAAUUAAGUAAAAACAAUAAUAUACGUAAUGACGUCACGCACAACGCAACAUGGAAGUAUAUUGACAUUUUCGGUUCAAUUAUAACCUAAUGGAGAAUAAAAAUUCUAACGCGACCAGCAAAUAACCUGCAUACAUGUAGGGCAAAAUCUAUCUCUGGUUAUUCUGCAAUAAACCACUCGCGUGCAAUGACGUCAUCCGAUCCAGUUGCGUAGCACGGUCGUAAAAAGUAGUUACCAUGUUUUCGAACACUGUUGAUACUAGUAUGUCGUGUUAGAAUCGAAAUAAUAAGUUCCCAAGUGUGAUUUAUCGUAGAAUAACUCGAGGUUUUCGUUCUUAUGCGAAACAAUACAUCACUCAGGUCUACGGCCUUCGUGAUAUAUUCUUACGCAUAAGAACUCAAAACUCGGGUUAUUAUACGUUAAACCACGUUUGGGAACUUACUAUUUCUUAAGCAUACAUUUUUAGUAUUGCUAAAGCAGAGUUCGGAGUCUAAGGUUGAUGAAAUAAUAAUGAUUGUAAACAUCCUGCUAUAUUGCUUUAGUUACGUUUAUUAUAAUGUAUUAAAACUGAAAAUAACAAA